AUGGAUUCGUUUUGCCAGAAUUCGUUUACAUUACUACAGAUGAAGAAUUCAAAUACAAAAAAAGAUAUUCUCAACAUUUAUUUUUUCUGGUUCACACCAUCCUGACCGUUUUUCUCAUGAAAAUGUAUGAUGAUAAACUAUUAAGUCCAGUGGACAGUUUUUCUAAUAUCAUUUACAACAUGUUUUUGAGUUGUAAGACAUGGUUAUCGGUUUUAAUAAUUCACUAUGCCGUUGCGAAAAUAGAAGAGUUAUCUAGAAAUACAAAGAUCAUCAAUGAGCUACAACAGAAAAUUGGUGUCAGAAAGAGAAAGAAAAACAACAUGGUACACAAUUGGUGUAUAUAUCUGACAACUUCAUAUAUAUUCCUACUUCUUGUCGAUAUAUUGAAUAUUUUCAAUUUUUGGACCUUCCACCCAGAUUAUUAUAUGUUUUAUUAUAUGAUUAUCUAUAUCACGGUAAAUUAUUUGCACUAUAUUAUAGACAUCCAAGUGCAACAAUUUCUCGUCACUAUAAGGUGUGUUGUUUUCUGUGACUUCAUGGAUUUGAAAGAAUAUUUGAGAUACAAAAUCUACUCGUUUGGUAACAUGAAAAUAAUUUUGACAUUGUUAAGUAAUCUUCAUGUGAUAACAGAUAAGUUUAUGAUAUUCAAUUCCAUAUUUUUGGCCAGAUACAUGUUAGCCAGUAUAAGUAUCACAGUAUGCUUAUUUCUAAACAUGACUUUGUUCAGCUCUGAUUUAGAUCUUCGAACUCAUAUAGUCUUAUGGAUAGCUUUGACAGUUUGGGUUGUUAAGGAAUUGUCCAUGGUCAUCUAUGUCGUUUACCUAGAUGUUAAUAUUGAUUGUCAGAGCAAGCUUGCUGUAGAGAAUAUCUAUGACAUCCAAUCUAGGAUUGGCCGGAAAAAUCUUCCUUAUAAGAGCAUGGAAUUAUUUCUCUUGAAAUCAAAACUGAACGAACUCAAGUUCUCCGUUUGUGGUUUUUUCCCUCUGGAUUGGAGUUUAAUUUAUUCUAUGGUAGCAGGAAUUACAACUUAUUUGGUUUAUUUGAUUCAAUUCAGAGAAAUGGAACAGAGUAGAACAGCAGCUACGACGGGAGCUCCAUAACUCAAUAUUUCUCAAAUAAUAAGACAGUGAAGAGAAAUAAUAACUUUUUUGUCAAUAAAGUAUAU